UAAUCCACAUUCCUAGACAUCAAACUAGCGCUGGAGUCAGAGUAGCUUUAUCGAGUGCACUCUCGAUAGAGAGAAUUUGUGAUGAGGCGGGAAAUGGCGUCCAAAGAGCCCGUCGAUGGUCUGUGGUUCUGAACACAGCUGGCAACGAUAACGACGGCAAGACCUCUCUCGGUGGCCGCCCCGUUGCGGCUACCAGUGUGGACAGGCAAGCGGCAAGUUUGGUUACGAAUUUAUUGCACCAUCGGAUGAUGAGGUUGAGAGUGCGGAAAGCUUCUCAGCAGCCCAGCACCAAACCAAAACCUACUCCCAAAUCCAGCCCCGGCCUUCCAGCCCCAGCCUCAGCCCCCCGCCCAGCCCAGGCCAAGAGGAAACACUGUGAGGUGGAGCCCACUGCCGUGACCAGGAGAGGCCUCAGAAUGCAGAAGAAUGAGACAGGCCUGUUUUCCACCAUCAAGAAGUUCAUCAGGGGAAAUGCUGUCAAGAUGGAGCAUGACAUCCCAGCUAAGAGGAGUCGUGUUGAUUGUAAAGUGGACAGCAGCAACCUAAUCACGUCUUCUCCUCAUCCUCCUAACAAAGCUAUCCCCAGGGGCUGCAGGAGAAGCGCUAACAAACCUGAUCCAAUGACGUUGAACAGUAAGCCCCUGAAGCCCAAUGGUAAACUGGAGGUCCCCGUGGAGGUAGCCAUCAGUCCUCCUCGCACUACUCUCCUGGGGACCAUCUUCUCUCCAGUCUUCAACUUCUUCUCACCUGCAACCAAGACGGCCACUCUUGGGUCUGACUCACCUGGGCAGGUGCUGGAGGCUGAGGAGAUUGUGAAGCAGCUGGAGGUGGAGGAAUUGUCCACCAGUACCCCCACAUCUACAGAAGGUGUCGUCCUGUCUCCUGUUGCUCCAGUACCACCACCACCGCCGGCUCUUCUGGCUACACCAGAACCACCUGUCGAGGAAGGGGAGAUGGUUACAGAAACAGAUAUGCCCCUUCUAACAGCUCCGGAAUGCACCCCAGUCAGCUGUUACCCCCACGCCCCUCACACGACCCCUGCAGACGGCACCUACGAGGAGGACUGGGAAGUCUUUGAUCCGUACUUCUUCAUCAAACAUGUGCCUCCGUUGACAGAGGAGCAGAUAGCCAGGAAACCAGCACUGCCUCUCAAAACACGCAGCACACCAGAGUUCUCCCUGGUCCUAGAUUUGGACGAGACGUUGGUGCACUGUAGUCUGAAUGAGUUGGAGGACGCAGCCCUGACCUUCCCAGUCCUGUUCCAAGACGUCAUCUACCAGGUAUAUGUGCGGUUGAGGCCGUUCUUCAGAGAGUUCCUGGAGCGCAUGUCUCAAAUUUACGAGAUCAUUCUGUUCACUGCCUCUAAGAAGAUGUACGCAGACAAGUUACUUAACAUACUGGACCCCAAGAAACAGUUGGUCAGGCAUCGUUUGUUUCGUGAGCACUGUGUAUGUGUUCAAGGAAACUACAUCAAGGACCUAAACAUUCUUGGAAGAGAUCUUUCAAAAACCAUAAUAAUCGACAAUUCACCUCAAGCUUUCGCCUAUCAGCUUUCCAAUGGGAUUCCCAUCGAGAGCUGGUUCAUGGACAGGAAUGAUAACGAGCUUCUCAAGCUGGUUCCUUUCUUGGAGAAGCUAGUGGAGAUGAAUGAGGACGUAAGGCCUUACGUCAGAGAACGGUUUCGUCUUCACGAUCUCCUUCCUCCAGACUGAUUUUGUGAUUGGUUGAGGCAGCAGGCUAACCCAUAGAAAUAUAGAAUGUGUAUUUAUAUUAGAAUGUUCAUUCUAAUUCUAUGGACUAGGCCUGCAGUACAUGGGAGAGGGUUGCCUUCCCUUCAACACAGCAGAGAUGAGGAGAAUCAAGUUUAACUGACUCUAAUGAGGAUGUUGUUUUUUAAAUGGAUCUCUGUCUACAACUACAACGUUUUCGUUACCGAUGAAAAUACCAACAACAAAACACCAUUACAGAGGAUUGUCUUGUUACAGAAAACAACAAAACACCAUUACAGAGGAUUGUCUUGUUACAGAAAACAACAAAACACCAUUACAGAGGAUUGUCUUGUUACAGAAAACAACAAAACACCAUUACAGAGGAUUUUCUUGUUACAGAAAACAACAAAGCACCCAUCUUUAUAAUUCCUGAAGCUAUGUACAGUUUGAGUAUUUGUAUAUGUUUUGUAUUCUCUAACUAAACUGUUAUACUCAAACUAAACUGUACCCCCAGAGUAGAGCAAUCCCCUUGUAUUGUAAAAGGUUUCUGCCUAGACGGACCUUUUAUUUAUUCUUGAAACAAACGUUUUGCAACUAAGGGGGGGAAGCGUUUCUGAUUGGACAAGUCCAGGCAGAACAUCUCCAAUUCAGACCGUUUUCUUCGUUUUGGUGCCUAAUGAACAAGACCGUGGUGACUUUCUGGGAAAUGUUUCUCAUCUGCAGCUAUACUUUUGGACUGACUGAACUGAAUGUCAUGCAGUAUUUGAGUGUGAGGACCUGACUGCUCCAGACUCAUUUUAACAGGAAUGGGCAGUCAAACCUGUAUAAUAUACACACUCGAUUACAUGUGUAUAUAUAUGACGUAUAUAUUUUUCAACUUUUCACUGUGCUUCUGAUUUUACUAUGCGUUCCUCUUUUAACUGACUGCUUCUUUUACAUUUUUAUUUUUAUUUUUUUUAACCUUUGGUGGGAAAAAUAGGUGAUUUUUCUGUUGUCUGCCUGCAUUUUUGCAUCCGAAAUGGCUCCCUAUUCCCUAUAUAGUGCACUGUUUGACCACAGCCCUAUGGGACCUAUUCCCUAUAUAGUGCACUAUACAAAAGAAUAGGGUGUAAUUUGGUAUGCAUGCUUAUUUCCUAGUCUGCUUUUUAGUCCCAUUUUAAGUGCAGUUAUGUGGUCUCUAACAAGGUGCAGGUUUUAAACUUAUCUUUUAAGAGGAAAUGUUUAUGAAAUCAUCAUGAGGAUGUGUAUAGGUCGUAAUAUUAACGUAGAAUAAGGUUUCACUUGGAAGACCAUUCAACAAGCCAUAAUGAUGGCCCAGAUAUUAAUUUAGAAAAUGUAUAUUUGAGAUUUCACCACUUUCUUUUUUUGUAAAGAUGUUUAAAAAUACCCUUAAGAUGCUCUGUUUUUAGGGUGUGAUGAAGAGUUUUAAGGAGGAAGGAAGGAAGACUUCGGAGCUCCUGCACUUUUUGUAAAAAAAUACUUUUAAAUCCAGCCCUAUGUAAAAAUCAUUUUUUGUACACAAGUUAUCACCUCAAUUGUUAUGUACGGACUAUUUUGAAAUCGUAGCACCAGCAAAAACGGCUAACAUUUUGUUUUAUCUUUUAAAUCAUGUGUUUCAAUGCUGUUCUUAGUCUUGUGUGUGUGGAAUCUCUUAUGUAAGAGUCUUAAAGUUUGGCCGAUGAGACUCCAUGUUGUCAUUGACCAUCUUGGACGGUCACUCCUGUUGUACUCGGUGUUACUCAAUGGUGUCCUUGAUCAUAAAUACAUUUUUAUACAAUUAAUGAAAAUGAA